AGUCGAACCCAGAUGGCUUAAACUCGCUUGGCUCGAAUUCCUGGUUGGCUCGAACUAGAUGUAAAGGACCGAUUUCUUUAUACUGAAGUCUGCAGAAAAUGACAGCGCAUUUGGAGCAAACGAAAUAGAGAAUGAUCGUCAGUCCGUUUCCAGCUCUUUUCUGUUACCUUUGCGCAUGUGUAGUGGUGACGUCAUCAUCCGUGGUUCCAUCAUGGCGGAAUUUUGAAACCCUUCGCAAAAGCAAUUGUUCCGAGUGUCGGGAACAGUUGCACAUGAAUAUGGUUGAAGUUUUACCUCGGCUUGAAAGAAUAAAACAAAGAAUAAUGAAUGAAAUUGGACGAAAUCGAAUAGACGGCGAUAACCCUGAUGAUGAAAAAAAAACUGCCGAACGUGAAAACGAGGCUAAUAUCAUGGUUGACGUCACAGCUACACCAAAUGCAGAUGCGAAAUCAGUGCGACAAAAGAUUCUUACCUACCCGGAAGUAAAAUACGAAUCCUCAGACGAGACGGUGUUGAAGUUUGAUUUGCCUGUACAGAGGGCUUCCCUCAACCAAACAGAGGCACUCGGGGCAUCACUGUUACUAUUUGUGGACCGGACGCGUAAAAUACGGAAUGGUGGGAAAGGAAAACGGAUAUUUAUAGAAGUGUUACGCUCCAGUGAAUAUAGAGACAAAUGGUCAAUGAUAAAUGUAGUGAAAACACGAGUGAAAAGGAAGCGAUGGACGAGAAUAAAUCUACCAGUUUCAUUCGCUCAAAAGUUCAUACAAUCUGAAUCUAAAUCAAUAGAAUUGAAAAUAAAGUGUACAGGGUGUGGCCGACUUGUAAAAUUACUGUUUUCAAGAGAAAUUCAUCGGGAAAAGCAAAAAAGACACCAAAGAAAUGUACCCAGGGCCGGACGAAAACCAAAACGAAAAACUAGAAGAAAAGGACCGCCUAUUUUAAUUAUUGAUACGAGGUUUCUAAUAAAAUGAACUAUGAUUCAUAAAAUAACAAAAAAUCCCUCCAUUAAACAAUGCAUGGACAUAAGGCAUUCGACCGACUAAUACGUUUGUUGUUUGUAUAUUGUUAAAAGUUGACGCCUGGUGACCCAGUUUAAUCUUGGUACCAUUUGAAAGGGGGUUGCUUGCUUCUAAUUACACAUAAGACAGUGUGUGUAUACCAUGUGAUAAAUUAUGCAAAGAAGGCUACGGCGAAAGGCAACAUCUUGCUUCGAAUGUAGACUUAACACAAAGAUAACUUUUAAUUUUCUGCACCAUUUUAAAUGAAACAAAGGGCUCCGCUUUUUUAUUACCGGAGUUUGAUUAGGUGAUUAGUUUCAUCAAACUCUUCGACAAACCGGUUUCCGAAAUAAUAAUUUGACAGUAAAAAGGUUUGUCAAACUGUUUAAAGAAACUAAACUCUCUAUCCAACUCUCACAGCUAUCUUUGUUUAAAGUCUUCAUUCGAAGCAAAAUGUUGCCUUCCGACGUAGCAAUUAUGACGUGGUAUACACACACUGUAAUGUAAAGUCGCGAAAAUGCAUUACAGAUAAAGUUAUUGCAUACUGAAUCUUUGUUCUUCAUUUUAAUUGAAAUACGACUUGAAAUGACAUAUUUAACAAACCCUUGCAAAUGAAUCCAAAGUUCAGGUUAUUGAAUAUCUAAAUUCUGAAAAUUACGUCCAAUUCGAUCCGGGUUCAAUUUCUAGCCCUGGCGCAUGUGAGUUUAGUUUGUGGUCACCAGGCCGGACUAGUGGGUUUAUCCGCAUAAUCCGUUUUACCACACAAGUCGCAUAACAAAGAAUUUACAUUGUCCCAACGACAUUGAUCAAAAUUAUGUUCUAAUAACCUUUUCACACUCGCUGUAUAAUAAUUACGUUUCUCCUAACCUUCAAAAGAGCAUUAUAAUGAUUAGGUUAAAUCUUGUUAUACCUUUUCGUGACCUGUAAAACAACACUUGAUACUUAAUCUGCAUGAUUUAAGUGUAUGUCUCACUUCAGUGUUCAUUUAUGAUCUGUAAAAAAUAAAACUGUUUUGGUAUUUAAUAUGCAUUAAAUAG